UCGAGGCGUGAGUACUUGUGUUGUGUCGGAGAAGCGCGGCAGCACAUGUAACGAUGGACGUGCUGCCGAGCGGUAAUCUGUUCCGCGAGUUACAGGACGUGACGGACACCGGCUACUUCGAAUGGAAGCUGUCGCUGGAGGACUACUGGCAGCAGACAUGCUACGAAAUGGAGCGGUAUCUCCGAGAGGAACCGCGGGGCAAGCGUCGAGAACCGGUGGAGGAGGAAUGGGCUCGCUCAGCAUCUUCCACCCCACCGUCCCCACCCUCCCCUUUGUCCCCCCCUUCGCCCCCCAGCCCGACGCUGUUCACCAUCACCGCCGUGAAGAGCGAGCCCCCGAGUGACUCUGAUGAACCUAGAGACGAGCCGCCGAGCCCGGUCGCUCCGCCGCGCCGUCACGCGCCUCGUCACCAUGCGCACGCGCACACCGACCCGCGCCGGCGCGUGCACCGUUGCGAGUUCCCCGCCUGCGAUAAGGUCUACACCAAGAGCUCGCAUCUUAAGGCUCACAAGCGUACCCACACCGGUGAAAAGCCGUACAAGUGCUCGUGGGAGGGGUGCGAGUGGCGGUUCGCACGCUCGGACGAGUUGACGCGGCAUUACCGCAAGCAUACUGGCGCUAAGCCGUUCCGCUGCCGCCACUGCGAGCGCUGCUUCUCGCGCUCCGACCACCUGGCGCUGCACGCGAAGCGCCACGCGUAGCCGCCCGUCAAGCCGCUCGCCAAGCGUGCGCGCCCACCGCGCAAACGCUAGUGAGCUGCGUGAAGCGACCGCGCGCGCCAGCACUCCUCCCCUUUAUGAUUUGAGUUGUGAUCACGGAAUUGAACGCUAAUAUAGUUCGUUUCGCUUAUAGUCCGCGCGCAAGUUCUUGUUUCAGCAUGCGAUAUGUGAGCGGUGGACGGGGGAAGGCGCAAUUGACUGAUUGCCGCACACUCAUGUAAAGCUGAGUCCGCCAAUCAAUAAGACUCACCCGUUCUGCAGUGAACACACAUCAGGUGGUGACAACAACUUGCACGCAGACUAUAGUGAUCUUAUUUGAGGAACGGCGCGCCCGCGAUGUGGUCUGCAAGCCAAAGAAUGCUGCCCGUAAAGUAGCACGAGUCAACACUCAUUGCACCUAAUGCUUUAAAGUUAUUUUUUAUAUUUUGUAUAAUUUUUUGAAGAGUAAAAAAAAUUAAAUCUCUUAAAUGUUUCGGCACCGGCCUCUUUAUCGUUACGGUUCUUUGUUGCAAUAAGAGAACGAUUUAUAUUUGCCGUUGUUUAUUAUUAAUGUUUUCGUAAGCUUCGUGUAUAGAGAGGUUCUUUUAUGUCGCUCGGUCGCAUAGCGGCCGCGCGGCGACAGUAUAGUGUGUGCCAUGGUCGCGGCGGGCGGCGGGGGCGCGCCGCGGCGAGCCCAGCACGUGGCGCGCAGUCGUCUCUGCACAACGUGUGUGACGUGGGCGUGCGCUGCGUGCGGUGCCAACGAUGCACGCCGCCGCACGCAGCGUUUGCUGACCUGACCAGCGCCGGCCGCGCCCGCGCCGGCGCCACGCGUGCGCACGCCGCGCCCGCCCCCUGCAUUUAUCCACGUGACAUAUUAUUUAUUCGCGAUGUUCGGCUGAUUGUCCCACCGACGCCGAGCACAAUCUUAUUUUUAGUCAAAGAUUUGAUAUCGUCUUUGUUUUAGGCUUAGUAGGAUGUGCGUCGCGUUACCUGAUGUUUAGUCGAUGUCUUGGCCGGUCACUCGUGAGAUUAGAUCGUUAUAAUUAUUGAUGAGAAUGUUUAUAUAUCUUGCUUAUUGUGGUGUAUUUUGCUGAGUAUGCCAGUUAAUGAUUGUGGAUUACGCCAUAUUCCUCUUAUUUACCGGUUAUAGAAGUUAGUUGUUGUCAUUUUACACUGUUAUGGGUUAUUUUCCCGAUGGGAAAUUUGAAUUUUGACGAUGUUGUUGUAUCUGUGAAAUUAUUUGAUAUUAUGUGACCCGUCCGACACAUCGGCGCAAAGUAUGUUUAUUUUGUACUACAUUUAUUAUUUCCGUUAAGCUAUCUCUUACUGUUUCAUUCCGAUGUACACCUCUGCUGUGUGGUGGCGGCUUUUAUUCUCAAGCCUUUAGGUUUCAGCUUCCCCGCCCAGCGGGGUGCAGCUCUAGACUAGCCACUCCUUUGCACACAUAGCUCAUUUUUGUGAGAACUGUUUCCAGGUUCUAGCCUACAGGGAGGGAUUUAGUACAUAACUGUAAUAGAUAAACCGCUAAGCGUGCAGAGGCGUUACCGAACAAGUUGAUUCUGAGACACAGUCGCUAAAUAUUAGAGUUUGUGGUCGUCGAGGCCCGCGGGCUGGCGGCUGUGACCUCGGCGUAGCCAGUGCUUUGCAAAGUUUGCUCACUGGUGCACCUGCCUUAGGGUUUCUGACAAAUACAGCACAGAAUAUGUACCUGGUUAGUACGCGGAGAGUAGCCUCAGUCUCUGACAAAUCAUCAGCCGUAGUUUUAUUUUGAUGCGUAUGGUACGUGUGUACUUCCUCAGCCACUGUAGCACGAGUAGACUUUGCAAGCACUGCGUGCGAUAGCCAAUGGCGAUGCGAAACCCGCUCAAAACUUUUUAAAAUUUUAUUUCUUUUACAAAAAGCUUUAAGCCGCCGACGGUUGUUUUGGAUACAUUUUCUUACAUUAAGUACAAGGACGAUGUGACUGCCGAGACGCGGGUCUCUAUCGUGUGGCUGUUUAUACGAACCUCCCGGGGGCCAAUCUUGUAGUCUUCCCGAAUUUUAACAAAAACUAAUACUAUCCCGCGUUUUAAAGAACUCAUUUUACAAAUAAAAUAAAGCUAAAAUAAGAUUACGCUUUUAAAUUAAAAUGAAAUGUUUAUAAAGUAAACUUUAAUGCAACAAAAAAUAAAAGACUUUGGAAAAUGAGUUCUACUAACAACCUGCACUGCCAAAAAUGCGUCUUGCAUUCUAGAGUACUCGUAUAUUAUAGUUUAAAUCACAAUUAAAAUCACAGCUUUUCAUGAGUAAGCAACCACAUUUAUAAAGUUUUCUUAUAAAUUAUAGCGACGAAUUUUAAAACCUGAUAUUUAUUUCUAAACUAUUAAAUAGUAUUUAGUAGUACGCAUUAGCACUUUUUUCUUUUCGUUUCGGAUUGCAAAAAUGUAGUCAAAUGAAGCGCCAUUUUGGCUCUGACACAACAGAUUAUAAUUAUUUAUAAAUCUGAAUAGUCGUACAUUACAUGCCUUAAUAAUAUAUUUUUCAAACAAAUCCCUUUUUUGCAAGCCAUCGUAGUCCUUGUUGAUAUUUUCCUAUUUGACAAUUUAGUUUGGAAGUGGCGCCCUCCGUGUAUAUUUUGAUAAAAAAAACUUAUUUACUUUACAACUUUUCUUGAUGUUUCAGAAAGAGCAUUUGCUUUAAAUGAUGUCUUCGAUUGAAUGUAUUUUCAUAACUUUAUUUUGUGAACUCCUAAUAUUAGAAAUUCAUUAUAUUCUAUAUCUUAGUGUAGAUCCCUUUUCUUAGGGGUAGCACUCACUUAGACAUUCGAGUCUUGUAUUCUGUCACCCGUGAAUGUGGUAAAUAGGUGUAAUUGAACAUUUUUAUAUAAUAUUGGUAAUGUAAGAUAUAAUGUUUAUAACGUCCUACUUUAUUAAUUAUAAUGUAAAAUCUAAAAAAAAGCUAUCUUUAGUCGUGUGUUUUUAGACGUUAGAAUGUCAUCACGUUCUUUUUUUAAAAGGGAGUAUCUGUCCUUUUGACGAUACUAUAAAAAUCUAUUGCGACCAAUUAUUUUAUCGCUUGCAAAAUAUCAAUUACUUUUGUCCAUAGAAACGUUUGUAAUGCUUAUUUUUGAUCGUAAUAAAAUUAUCACACACAAGGAAUUCAUUUAAUAAGGCUACAUCUUACCCUAAAAGAUGAUAUAUAAUUAAUUGACGUUUGUUAACAACAACUUUCUAGAAUAAAUCCUGUACCGUCAUUGAAAAGUAAUACAACUCGAAUUGUAUUACUUUUGAGUUAUUGGCACACACAAGUGCACACAGUUCAAAAAAUUAUCUUUCUUUCUGUCUAAUUCUCGUAACUGUAGCUAUUAUAAAUACGGAGAUAAUACAAUUCUUGUACCUACUAACCUACAAAGUAUCUGUGGUAAAGUAGUUUAUGCUACAAAAGUUAUAAUUACUCGUUUAUGUUGGUCCAAGUACACAAAGGAUUUUUUUAUGUGACUUUGUUGGUAAACAGGCAGGCGGGCCACCUGAUGGUAAUGGUUACUGCCACCUAUGGAAGUUUGCUGCACCCAGUGUAAAGCCUGUGUUGCCAACCUUGAAGAGCCCUUUUCAUUUAUUUUUUGAAGAACCGCAUCCAAUACCGCAGUGGAAAUCUAACUUGUCUUGUAAUUAAUAAAAUAGGACGAUAAUUUGAGAUUCUGUGUCACAACUUAAGCAGUCGUAUAGAGACAAAUUUUAAAAUACGUAAAUUAUAUUGAUGUCUACAUAUAUAAUUAGGAUACAACAAAUCGAAUUUAGAUCGUAAACAUUCUUAUUGUCAUUGCAUACACACUUUCAGUUACACAUAUUUUUUUUUAUAUCUGCUAACAUUCUUUAGCGCCAAUGUUUUCUAAGCAAGUAGUAUAAUUAUUAUGUACGUUUAUUUAUUUUCUAUAGAAAAUAUGUAACAUUUUAAUACCGUGAAUGAAUGUAUUAGAAAACUGAUGAAAAAAAUCAUAAUCGUAAUAAACGUGAAAGAAUAUAUAUUAAAUGUGAUUCAGUAAGAAUAUUGGACAUAGUGACAAACAUAAAUUUUAGUAUAGUAGGUACAUGUGUCUAGAGAAUGUAUGGUAUUAUGUGUGCGUUGCUAACGCUUCAUUAAGUCUCUCGUGGUUAGUGUAUCUACUGAUGUUGUAUGCACUGUGGCUGGAAACUGCAUAUUAGUAGUCGAAUAGAUAAAAAAAUAUACAUAACUUUUACGUGGAAACGUAACAAAUAUAUAGGUAUGACUAAAUAAAUUAUAAUACUUAAUAAUAGUUAAAAUUUAUAAAAUAAUAUAAUUGCGGCUGUGUGGUAAAGAAUCAACCUGUAGAUAAGGAUUGUAUAAGCCUGCUGAAUUAGGUUGUACAAGUAAUCCUUUCUUGAACGAUAAAGGUGCAAUAUAAGUUUAUAUCUUCGUAACGAUUGUAUCACAAAAUUUAGUUUGUAUUGUAACGCAAGUAUUAUUUAGCUAUGUGAUGGAGGUGGGUGUUAUGUUGCUUCAUUACUACAUUCCAGAGUGCACCUCAACUCGGUCGGCUUAUACUGUAUACCGGUUCGAAGGGUCGAUAUUUGUAAAAUUGGACAUAGUCGAUUGAACUGUAUAUUUUAGAAACAUUUAUCUAUCAUUGUUUCAAUGUUUAUUGCAUUAACUAUUAAGUAUAUAACAUAAUGUUAGUCGGUAUUGAUAAGAGCUGUCAACCUACUUACAAUAUUUUGUUAAAAGGCACAAAACUCCCCCCACUACGUCGCUAAAGCUGGAUGAACGCUAAUUUCUACGCUAGUUACUGUAGACGACAGGUCGACAUGGCAAUUCUCUAGUGACGUAACGUUUUCAAUAUCGAUAUAUUUUUAUUAUGUAUGUAACAAAAUGUGAAUAAAAUAAUACCACGUUUUCAUUUAAGUUAAUAUUUAUUCAUCUGAAUCAUCUAACGUAUCGAUUGACAGAAAAUUUGUAACAAUUAUUUUUCCGUUCAAUGUCACAAUUUUCUAACACUUUUCUAGCUAGUUCUCGAGCUUGAGAGUGAAUUAUUGGUUUUUUUGCUUGAACACGCGACGAAGAUGCAACCGUAGCCAUUUUUAAAACACAAUAGUAAUAAAUUAUGUGAGCGAGAUUAUAAUCGAUAAACGCGGUCGAUACGGACUCGUGCAACACUAAGAUUAAGACGCCGCGGGGACUGUGCGGGUGUGCGGGGCGACUGCGCCUCCGCGGCUCAUCUCAUGGCCCGAUUGCCAUGUCGACCUGUCGUCAACAUUACUUUUUACUAAACGUCAAAACAUGAAAUUACUAUGGACUUUGCUUGAAAAAGCACACUGUUACGUCAUACAACUUGAUACCGUUAUUAUUACAGUUUUCUUCUUUAAAAUUUAUAAAUAAUUGAAAUAGAUAACAGAAAAUGUUUUUCGUUAGUUUUACAUGUUUAUCUUGAACCUAGUACCUCCAUACCUACCAAAGCAAAUUUUUGUCUUAAAUUCAGCAAAGGAAAGUUGUAAGUAGGAUGGCUUUAAUAUUAAUGUAAUAAUACACAUGAAAGCAUUGCUCAUUUACUAGCUUGUCUCAUUGUCUACUUACUGCAGAAAUUGUAAUUAAUAGUCUCUUAGCUAUAAUCAGAAAUUAUCAGAAUACCCGCGAAAUACGCUUCGACAAUACAACACUUAGAGGAUUCAUGAGUUUACAACUACCUAUAUCAAAAUAAUUUAAAAGAAGAAUAAACAGAAAAUAGGAUAGAAAAUUAUUAUUAAUAUUAUACCUAAAGAAACUGACUGGCUAAUUUACGGCCGUUAGGACUGAAAGUUGAAGUAUAAAGGUUGUUUUCUUUUUCACAAGCAUAUCAAGUUUUUUUUUUAUAUUUACGACGGACUAAAGUCUAGGCUAGGCUUAGUUCCCUAUCAAAUUUGAAUUUAUUGACAAAAAUUCAAUCGAAAAGAAAAGAACUUGUUAAAAUACAUGAGAACCCACUGAAUCCUCUCAGCAGUCAGUACCAUACGUUGUAUUUGGCUGGAUACAUUCUGUAUGUACAAAUAAAGUUAAAUCUCCCGAUAUUUGGAGUUACUUCCGAUUUACAUUAACAGUAAAAUAAUAUUAUAUUACUAAGUACCUAUCUAUUUAAGGAACCUAUACUAUCUUAUAAGCCGUGUCUGUUAGCUACUAGACUGUGUAUUAUGAUAUUUGCAUUAAUCAGUACAAUAGUAUGUAAAAUAACGAUUAGAAAUCUGACUGUAACCUGUUCGCGCUAAGUUGAGAUAAGUCAUUUUUUUGAUAUUGACUACCGGGUCAAAGUUAAGCCCCCUCAUUCAGCGCUUCUUGCUAUCUAUUGUAAUCCUCUCAUACAAAGUCUUGAGUCAAAAUUCGCGCCCAGCUGGCACCCUCACGUCUAGUCUGUUGUCUUUUUUCAUACCGGGUUAGAACCCUCAAAACCCUCUUUUCUUCUCUUGUUUCUUCUCCUCAGCCUUGCGAAAUGACGUAAAUUCAAAAAUGUUACAUUGACCUUCAAAAAGUUUAUCCAUGAUAUUUACGUAGAAUAAAUGAUUCUGAUUUCCGAUUUCUUCAUUUGUCCGACGAAGUAGUUAAUGCCAUAUGCGGCAAUCUACAAGUCAGAAAAAACCCGGGUUAAGUUUCCAUUUGAAAAACAAAUACCGUAAAAGGGAAGAAAAUGGUCUCAGCUCUCAUCUUAGCAUGCACAGAUGGGAAUAGUGUUGUUUUUUAUUUUCAAGGAUCAGUAUACGAAUGAUUUCGAACGAGAUUAUUCAUGAUUCCUUUUUGGGUCUUUGGUCCUUGAAACUAAAGUAAGUAAAAAGUAACACUAUAUAUUAUUAUCUAAUGAGCGACUUUCCAGGCAGCGAUCAAUCAAUCAAUAAUGUUUUAUUGCACAAAGACAUAAGUAAAAAACAUGUACAAACGAAUAAAAUAAGCAGAAUAGGCAUCCUUUCUUAAAAAAACAAUAUAGAUCGCGCUGUUAAGAUUCCUUCGUUUAACCUUCUAAUUUCAUAGAUAACAUACGCAUCUUUGUUUUCGGCUAUAAAUGAUGACCUUUGUUACUACACCGAGGCACAACACGACUUCCAUCCAUUAUUAUCCUGAUCAAAAUAAUUAGGUAGCAACGUAAUUCAAUACAUAAUGUGAUCCAUAUCAAGCAACAAUUAUUUUUAUAUAAAAAUAAUUAUGUUUACAUUUAGUGUAAGAUCCCACCAUAGAACGACCUUGACCGAGCUGUUUAAUGGAUGAAAAGUAUUUUAUAUUCAAUGAUAUAUGUCAAUAAACAAAAAAAAUGUUAAUUGAUCAUUAUUCUGGUCUGAAAUUUUUAGGCAACCCACUUGAAAUUUUAUUGAUAUAUUUAAUUAAAUAUAAAAUACUUUUCAUCCAUUAACCGGCUCGGUGAAGGUCUUUCUAUGGUGGGAUACUAAACUAAUUGUAUUUUUAAAUAAUUGUAUAUUCGAAUAUUCGAGCAGGGAGAAAAUAUGUCAUCAUCACGUAUUUUUUUGUUUUCAUAUUCUAUAAAAUUUUAUUUACAUCAUAAACGAAACAGUUACAGACCAAAAAUAUGAAACAAAAAUAAAAUGAAAUAAAACUAAAAUAAAUAAACUAAUGUCGACAGCGCCAUUAUUAUUUUUGAGGAAAGUAGCCUGGAAAGUUCCUCAUUGAAAUAAAGUCAUAAUAGAAGAAUGUAUUAUUAUUAUCGGUGUACCUCUGUGUCGAUGUGUUUACAAACAAAUCUGAAUGUAUUACAUGUUAGAAGUAAAUAGACGUAACUUGUACCCAGAGCGUUCAAUAAAGCGUAUCAAAAUAACACAUUUUAUCAUUGUUAUGUUUGUGCAAUGAUUUUAUUUUAUUGUUUAUUUUAUUGUAACCGUUAAAUCGACUGUGUCUAGAGUUUUACGAUGGUUUCCACAAGUUUUUUUUAUCCGUAUUUCCACAAUGUGACCCGAAAUUUUACCUUAUAUUUUGAAUAUUGGUUUGAUCUAUAUAAUCUUAGUCAUUUAAGCGCCUUAAACAUUUUUUUAAUAAAAAAAAACUUGUGGAAUGUCAAAUUCUGUAAGACGUACGGUAACCGACAAACACUCAAUUUUAUUUUAUAUUUUCUACAUCACAAUUAUAAUGUAUAUUUUAUUUAAUCGCUAUUUCUUCGAACAAUAUUACUGUGCAAUAUUCAAUUGUGCAAUCGUUUAUUACUUUAUUUAAUUUAGUAAGUGCGUCUUACACAUUUGGUCGACCCAUAUAAAUCUUUAUAUCUCGUAAAUUUAAAUAAAUAUACUUAGAAGCAACGGCUUUUUAUUAUUCUUCCAUCGGGCCGUGUGUGUAUUGUAUAAUAAUGAAUAGUUAUGACUAAUCGUAUUUACAAAAAUGAUUAUAAAUGGUGAUUUAUGUUUGUUUUUCUGACGUGAGUGUAUGGACGGCCACUGGCCCGUCAUAGCAUAUUGCAUUAAAUUUUAUAUUAAUAAAUUUUCUUAUAUGUGGAA